UAAAACCCCUCAAGAAAUCUUCUGUCCCGGGAGUUCUCAUCACCCAGUUUGUGGAUGAUGUUCCAAAGGGAUGCAGUACACCUGACUUUGAGCGGAAACCUGUCUCUCUGACAUUGGAGGAAGGUAAAAAUGCCAUCUUCAGAGCUGUGGUCAAAGGUGUCCCAACCCCUGACGUGAAAUGGACUCGUGUACAAGGAGGAAUGGAUGAUCGUUCCAAAUAUGAAACAUUCUUCAAUAGUGUUACAAAUGAGUUUGUUCUGCAGAUAAACAAACUCACUGCAAAAGACAGUGAUUUGUAUCGUUGCUUUGCUGUGAAUGAAUACGGGGAAGCUUCAUGCUCUGCUGGCCUCAGGAUCAUACAAGAAUUAAGGAGGACACUUGAGGACUCCAGGAAGCGGCUGAGGAAGCGGGCCCCAGCACCAAAACCCAAACCCUUGGAUAAAGAAGCAGUCUGGCAAUUGCUGCUGCAUGCAGAUAAGAGAGAUUAUGAGAAAAUCUGUAUCAAAUAUGGAAUCGUUGACUUCCGUGGGAUGCUGAAAAAGCUGCAGGAGCUGAGGAAGGACACAGAGAGUGAACAAGAAGAGUUAAUACACAGUAUCAAAAACUUCAAACACAUCAAAGUCACCAAGGAUGGAAAAGCUACCUUCGGUCUGGAGAUGAACCUGAAAAGUAGUAACAGCAAAGUUUAUCUGCUUAAGGAUGGUGAGAGGCUCAGGUAUGAAACAAGUAAUGAAUACGGGAAGCACUGCCUGCGGCAAAUUGGGAGAAGGUACAUUUUCAUUGUCAACGAUGUGCAGCCAGAAGAUGCAGGAUUGUAUCAAGUCCGAGUGGAGGAUGUGCCUGUCUUCUCAACUGAACUGGACCCUGACUCCAUCCCUGUGGGAUUUGAGCAAUCACUCAGCAAUAUGAAUUGCCCUGAGGGUGAAGAUGCCAUCUUUACCUGUGUCCUACGCACCCCCUGCCAUGAUGCUGUGUGGCUACACAAAACCCACGUCCUGGAGGCAAGUGAGAAGCACCAGAUCUCUGUAAGUGCUGACGGUCUGACCCACCAGCUGAUGAUCAAAAACACUGUGCCCUCUGACAACGGCAUGUACACCAUCGACACUGGACUUUCCUUCUCAAAUGCCUGGCUUAUUGUAGGGUCACCACGUUGUCACGUCAACAAACAGCUACUGAAUGUCAGAGUCCUGAAAGGGGAUCCAGCUGAGCUGUCUUGCACUGUCAGUAAAGAUGGAGUGUCAGGAACCUGGUUUAAAGAUGGAUUAAAGUUAACCAGCAUGGAGGGAGUGUGUUUUAAAAAGGAAGGUCUAGUCCACAAACUAAUUAUUGACAAAGUGGAAGAUAUUCAUGCUGGGAAAUACAGGUUUGAAAGUGGAGAUAUAAAAACUGAAGCUUCAAUUUUUGUUGAAGAUCCUCCACAGGUUGACAAAGUUCUCCUCAAAAACUUAACGAGUGUUCCUACUGUGGCCAAGGCAGGGCAGAACGUAACCAUCAAGAUCCCUUUUGAGGGUCGGCUGCCAAUCAGAGCAGCUUGGCUAAAGGACAAGAUGGAGCUAGCAGAUGACACAAGGAUCCGUGUUGAUAAAACAGACACCUUUACCAAGCUGUCCAUCUCCAGCAGUGAGAGAAAGGACGCUGGGGAUUACAAAGUCAGGCUGAAGAAUGACAGUGGAGUCCUGGAGAUCAACUUAAAACUUGUGGUAUUUGACAAGCCCCAACCACCUGCAGGACCCAUCAAAAUCGUGGAGAGCUCUGCAAAUGAUAUCACCGUUCAGUGGAAGCCCCCUAAGGAUGAUGGGGGCAAACCUGUGCAAAGCUACAUCAUUGAGAGACAGCAGGUGGGCAAGAACGAGUGGGUGACUUUGGGAGAAACCCCCAGGAGCUGCACUACCUUCACUACUAACAAAGUGGAACAAGACACGAGCUAUCACUUCAGGGGGAGAGCUGAGGGCACCAGUGAUGCACUGGAAUCGGAGGAAGUGAAGGCUGUCAGUAAAGCUACACCUGGUGCCCCAAAUCCCCCUGAGAUUGUCAGUGCCAGCAGAGACACCAUCACAAUCUCCUGGAAAGCACCUCAGAAGAGUGGCAGUUCCCGAAUUGUGGGAUAUCUCGUUCAGAAGCGCAAGAAGGGUACCAUGACCUGGCUGCCAGUCAACAGUGUGCCUAUAGCAGACAAGAAGCUGGAGAUGACCAACCUCAAGAAAGGUCUGCAGUAUGAGUUUCGUGUGGCAGCUGUCAAUGCUGCUGGUACAGGAGAUGCCAGUGAACCAUCACAGCCUGUCUUUGCACGGGAUUCCUCGAGUCAAGUGCAGGACCUUAAAGUGAGCAGCAGUGACAGCUCAAGUAUCACCUUGACAUGGAAGAGACCUGAAGCAAAUGAUGGGAGUGAUGUGAAGGGCUAUGAAGUGGAAAUGCGGUCUUCUAACAACCUCGACUGGACCAAAUGCAAUGCUCUUCCCAUAGAGAUGACCACUUACACAGUUAAAGGCCUCCGAGCCAAGGAGAGGUACUUCCUGCGUGUCAGAGCCCUCAAUGACAGUGGCCCAGGAGAAGCCACAGAGCUUGAAGCUUUCCUUGGAGCUGCUCUCCCUGUGGUUCCUCCAAGGUUACUAAUAGAUGACACAGUGAAAAGCUUCCUGGUUAUAAAAGCAGGAAAUACCAUCCGAGUGAAUAUUCCCUUUGAAGCAUCUCCAGACCCAGUGGUGACUUGGUUUAAGGAUGGGCAUCCUCUUCCAAACCAGGCUACAACAAACACCAAAGAUGGUACCACACAGCUGCUGAUCGGAGCAGCUGAAUUCACUGACAGCGGCACCUACACAGUUGAGCUCCAGAAUGGGUUAGGGAAAAGAGAAACAUUCAGCUUCCAAGUUCAAGUUACAGAUAUCCCACAAUCACCUGGACCUAUUCAACUGCAAGAGAAUGUGCCAAACACAGUGACAGUAACCUGGGAGCCCUCAGCAUCUGAGAAAUGGGAGAGUAACCUCUACUACACAGUCCUGAAACGUGAAUCACAGAAGGGCCUGUGGCGUGUGGUGGGUGACCUGAUCUACACCAACAAGUUCACGUUCACCAGCCUGAUCCCAGGCCGGGACUACUACUUUAGAGUUGUGGCAAAAAAUAACUUGGGAACCAGUGGUCCAUCUGAAACUGUGCAGCCUUGGAGAAUUCAAAAACCAAAGGCCAAGCUUCAUGUCAAACCACAGAAGUACAAGGGAGUUAAUCAGAACCAGCCCCCGAGGAUCCUUGUCCCGUUGAAGCCUCACGUGGUGACCACUGGCAGCGAGUGCCACAUGAGCUGUGCAGUUGGAGGCCAUCCACCUCCAAAGAUCAGGUGGUAUAAGGACAGUAGAGACCUCUCCAACGAUCCCACCUAUUUUUGCACAAACGACUUCGGAGUCUGCUCCCUGGUCGUCCUGGGUGUCACGAAACAGGACGAAGGAGAAUAUAUGGUAGAAGCCACGAAUGAGUCGGGCCGUGCAUUCAGCAAAGCCUUCCUCACUAUUAAAGCGUUGGCAUAUGAGUGUUUCCAAGACCAGGCCAGCUCUACGCUGGCUCUGCCCUCGGACCACAAGCUGAAAACUAAGGGCACGGGCAAACAGCGGGUCCAAGAGCAAGUGAUGAUGACGGUGAAGAGGCAGAAGCAAAAGUCAUCCGUGUCGUCGAGCGUGGGACACUCCAACCGAGGUUCCAUGUAUGAUGGUUUAGCUGAUGGUUAUGGCUAUGGGACAUCCCGGGGCAGCUAUUACACCAAAACCCAAACAGGAAACAGCAACUGGGGAUAUCCG